AUCGAAUUCAAAUUGAUUGAAUGCGUUUGCUCACAGCUAAAUUCUUAACUAGCUUUGGGAAAAACAUCAUUUAUUUUGGUUGGAAGUGCUUAAGCUGUGUCGUUUUUAGGUCUCAUUUGCAAUUCGAUUCGUCCUGUCAAGCUGUUCAACUUGUAAAUUAAAGAAAAAAUAUAAAAUCUUAACCAUCCGGAACGCAAGUUUAACUUUCCUGGCCGUUUUAGAAGAGAAUCCGAAACGAAACAGUCCCGGAAGCAAUGCCGCGCGGUAAGUUCUUAAACCACAAGGGGCGCAGCCGCCAGUUUACUCCGGUUGAAGAACUGCAACGCGAGCAGGAGCUGGAAGGGAGUCUAAAAUCAAUAGACGGCAACAACUUGGACGAGAGCAUCGAUGAGGCCAUAUUCGAUGGCGAUAACAGCAACGAUAAUAGCAAUGACAAAGACAAUGAGAGCGGCAACGGGAUGACAAGGGGCAAAAAGCUGGGCGGAGCCGUUGAGGGCCUGAUCGAGAUCUCCAAUCCGAAUCGUCCGAUCAAGAAGUCCCAAAAGUAUGCACUCCUAACCGACGAAGCCAAAAGCCGGCUACUCGAGGAUCCGUUGGUGGACAAGCGUCGUCGCGAGCGCGCCAAAGAAAAGCCGCGCUCCAGCUCCAAUCAGAAGACGACGAGCGAGGCCAACGCGGAUCUCGCCCGUUUGGCGUUGGUGCGUAAAAAGCGGGAAGCCGCCGCCGAGCAGCGUCUGGCUGCCAGGAAGGAGAGCAAUAGCUACCAGGAGGCCACGCCCUCAACGUCCAAGUCGGAUAUAUCCGUGAAGAAGAAGACGAACAAGCACAAAUCGGUAGCAACGGGCGGCACCACAGAUUUCCUGAAGAAGUCCAACGCCGACAACGAGCAUCUCAGUAAAUUUGUAAAGGGCCGCAACGGAAAUAAACGAAAUGUGAGCAUGCAGGCAUGAAACAAAAAGAAAAGAAAAUAAAAAGAAAAGGCGAUCUAAUGAAAUUAAUUUGAAAUCAAAGUAGGCUUGCUCGGGAUUGCUGGCGCCCAUAUACAUAUACAUAUAUAUAUAGAAUAUAUUGUAUAUAAUCCAGCCUUCAGUCAUUUCGAUUUCAUUUCAAGUUCAUUUCGAUUUGUAAAUUUUGAGUUACCUACACGAAUAAUAAAACAAAUAAAAACUUAAGCAAAA